AUGCACACAAAGACAGCACGCGUGAUAAAUGAACAUGAUCGAAAGGAAUGCUCUAUCAGCGCGUGUGUACCCUCGAAUCCUAGAAGCAAGCAGUUGGUCGAUGAAAUCGAAGCCACCAACUUUGCAUCGCUGCCGCACACUAACAGCAGCUCGAGCCUAGCACAUGAGCCAAGACAAAGUUGCGAUUCCUCCCAGGAGAUCUCGUGCGUGAUCUCCGCCUGCAAGGGUUGGCUGUCGAAGGCCCUGUCCAUGGCCAGACCCGGACAGACCAUCUACGUCCCUCAAGGAGUUUACACGGAGAGCUGCACGCUGUCGUUGAGCGUGGAUGGUGUGAAGAUCAAGCCCGAGAGGAGGAACGGGGAAGACGCGCAGGUGACGUUCGUGGUAGAAGGCAGGAGAGACUUUCUGAGGUCAAGCGGUCUGGGCUGUGCGGUGUCGGGCAUCAAGUUCACUCAUGUCCCUGACCAGACGGCUACCGAGAGCGAGACGGAAGACUGCAGGUCGGCGAUGACAGUGGUGGGAGGAAGCUUGCAGGUAGAGGAGUGCUCGUUCGAGGAGCUGUCUUGCUACGCCAUCCAUGUGCGCCGGAAGUCGAAGACAAAUGUCAUCGCGUGUAAGUUCAGCCGAUGCAAGGAGGUGGCGAUUGCCUGUCAGGAUGCUUCAGUUUCGCGGGUGUUCGACUGUGUGUUCGAUGGCAACUUGUCCUUCAGCAUCUGGUUGUCGGGUCAAGGAGGAGGAGAGUUUGUUUCCAACUUCAUCAAGCAUAACAACAAGUGCGCCAUCGUGUGUGCCGACGAGUCGCGAGGAAACUUCAGGAACAACGUCAUCACGCGGGGCAACCAGGGGGCGUUCUGGCUGCAGGACUCUUCUUCCUGCAGGCUGGAGCGCAACGUCAUGUCGAAGAACAGGAAGGCAGCGGUGCAGGUCAGCGGGAGGAGCGACCCCGUGCUGAUCCGAAACAAGGUAGUGGACGGGGAGGGGGGUGGGAUAGUGCUGCAUGACGAGGCUAGAGGAAGCUUCAUCGGCAACUUCUUCGCCUACGGGACGAGAGCAGGGGUCGGAGUGAUGGAUGCUGCGGCUCCUCUCUUCGUGGGGAACGAGAUCUCCUGUAACGAUGGAGGAGGCGUGAUCGUGGCUGGCCGAGGGCAGCCUGUCUUCAUCAAGAACCUGGUCAAGAGGAACGGGUUCGUGGGGUGUUGCUUCAAGGAGGACUCGACUCCGCUGCUGCAGGAGAACGAAAUCACUGAGAACAACGGCUUUGGUCUGCUGCUGCAGGGCAAUGCCAAGGCUUGCGUGCAAGAUGGGUCGAUAGUCAACAACGUGCGAACAGGCGCGAGCCUGUUCGACUGCGCGGCUCUGACGCUUGCUGGCUGCUGCUUCCGCACCAACGACAAGCUCUGCCAGCGCAUCGGAGUACAUCUACAUGACAGCAGCGGGAUGCAGAUGGAGAAGUGCAAGAUGACGGGGCACGGCGGGAGCUGCGUGAAGAUGGAGGGAAGCAGCAUGUCGGCGAUGAGGAGCAACGAGCUGAGCUGCUCCUCCUUCGGACUCACGAUGAGCAGGAAGGCUUCGGCGAGCCUGGAGGGGAACCAGAUCGUCAACUGCGGCGAGGAUGGUGUCAUGCUGUCUGAUCAGGCGGAGAUGUACGCGUGCAGGAACAGCUUCAACGACAACAGAGGCAGCGGGGUGAAGAGCGUGGGGAGCUCAGUGUGCCUGCUGCAGCACAACGUUCUGAUGGGCAACGGCAGAGGCGCCUCCUUGUCCUCUCUCGGUCAGUGCAUCGUGCGGGGAAACCGGAUCAGCGACAACUCUGUCUGCGGGCUGCACGUGCGGGGCAGCAACGUGACGGUGAUGGAGAACGCCAUGUUCGGGGAGCAGGAGAGAGUCUUGAGCUUCGGAGAGAAGGCGAGGUGUGACGUCAUCGGCAACGUGCUGAUGCACAAGAACGGAGUCAGGAUGUCGUUCCCCUCAGACCGCAGCGAGGACGUCUUCCUCCGAGACAACGCCCUCCAGUUUCCCCCCAGCGACGAGGGGAAGGUGCUCACCCUGUCCUCCCUCCCCCGCCACUUCCUCGCCCACAACGUCGCCGUCACUUCCAAGACACGCGAGCUCAUUGAUUGCACGCUGGACCUCAUUGCAUACUCCUUCUCCUCACCCUCCUCCUCCCCCUCCCCCUCCCCUCCCGUCAAACUUCAAAUUCUUAAUCCCGAUGGCUCGAGCUGUCUUGCUGUGAGAGGUUAG